CUAUCGUUAUCGGUCAUAUGAGUAUCGCGCGUGAAUGAGAAGAAGCUCUCGUCCCAACUAUUAACAUUUAUAUAGUAAUAUAAAUAACGACAGAAAAUGAUAAUUUACCAACAUAUUUUGGAUCUGGAAAGUCGACGGAACAAAAAUGAUGUAUCGCAGUCUCAGAGAGCUACUCCUGACCAUUAUGGUUAUGUUAAUGCUGUCUACGUCACUCGCCAAACCACGGAAUAUCGUUUUUAUCGUUGCCGACGAUCUUGGAUGGAAUGACGUCGGUUUUCACAAUGCGGACAUGAUCACUCCAAAUAUUGAUAGGCUUGCGAAUAGAGGUGUGAUUUUGAACAGUUCUUAUGUUCAGCCGGUAUGCACACCUUCGCGACACUCCUGGAUGACUGGAAUUUAUCCAUUCAAGGCAGGCUUACAAAGAGGAACUAUACAUCCUGGACAAGCAACAUGCUCGCCCCUUGAUAUGGAAUUCUUUCCACAAAAGUUACAAAAGCUGGGAUAUUCUACCCACAUGGCGGGAAAAUGGCACCUUGGUUUUUGUAACUGGGACUGCACGCCUACAAAUCGCGGGUUCGACUCGUUUCUAGGAUACUACAACGGUCAAGAAGAUUAUUAUAAUAAAACAUUUCUAAGUGGUACUGACUUUCACGACAACAGAACGCCUAUAACAGGAGACAACAGAUAUUCUGCCUUUGUGUAUGCAGAUAGAGCAAAGUCAGUUAUCAAAAAUCAUAACAAAACAAAGCCUCUUUUCUUAUACCUUCCGUUCCAGUCAGUGCAUGCUCCAAUUCAAGUGCCGAAGCGUUUUGAGGACAUGUAUCCAGAUAUCGCUAAUGAUCAGAGAAGGCAAUAUUCGGGCAUGGUGUCUGCCAUGGAUGAAGCUAUUGGAAAUGUUACGCAAGCUUUGGUCGAUAACGGUAUGAUGGAUGACACUUUGAUUAUAUUUACGGCUGACAACGGAGGAUGGCCCGGCCAUGGAGGAAACAACUACCCAUUGCGAGGAGGAAAAAUAACUAUUUUUGAAGGGGGCACGAGAACUGUGUCAUUUGUUUCUGGAUCAGGUAUUGGAAAGCCUGGAUCCACAUACAACGGCUUAAUUCAUGCUGUCGACUGGCAUCCGACAAUUUUGGCAGCCGCUGGUAGUUCAAUGGACGACACGAACGAUAACAUUGACGGUUUGAACCAGUGGAAAGCAAUUAGUUUAGGAGGGGAAUCGAUGAGAACAGAGCUAGUUUAUAAUAUAGACAAUUUUGUCUUAGCACCAAAUGGACAUGCUGCGAUACGGGUAGGAGAUUUCAAACUGAUAGACGGGUAUCCAGGACCGUAUCAGGACUGGUACAAGCCAGAACAAGGGUAUGAAAAUAAUCAUCACGUGACGACAGAUUACUCCAAGAUAGUGAAAGAUGAUUUAGCCAAAAAUAAUGGUGAAUGGAAAGGAGACGGACUUUAUAAUUUGAAAGACGACCCCACGGAGCACCAUGAUGUCUCUAAACAAUACCCCGAGAUUGUAAAAACCCUGAAAGCUAAACUAGACGAGUAUAGGAAAAGUUACGUAACACCAAAUGAUCCAUUAAUUGAUCCUAAAGCCAAUCCAAAAAACUAUGGCGGGUUUUGGAUGCCUGGUUGGUGUUAAAUGAUAUUUAUAUGUGCUUCAGAAUAACAGUGCAAUUGAUUAAUUCUCAGAUUUACAAACAUGUUGGCAUGAUUCGAUUAAUGUCUUUCUUCAAGCCAGAUUUUGUGUUACUUCAUGCGAUUAUUUAGUCCACACAUAUGCUAUGAAUCGAAAUCUAUUGAAGAAGCUGUACAUGUGACAUGCUUCAUUGAUCGCUUGCUUUUUAAACGCGGUACUUGAUUGGGUAGUGGAGAAACUAUCAUGUUUUUUACUCUUUGGAAGUGUUAUAAAAUGAUCAUAACAUUGUUGGUUUUGUUAAGUAAAUCUUAAAAUGAAUCUGAAAAUUGAAACAUUAUGAUGGUUUUAUUUUGUUUUUACAUUAAUUAAGGCACAUUCCCCAAAUUCAUUAAAUUGAUAGAUGUUCAUCCUUUCUUUUAAUUUUACAACAAUUAUGAAUUUGAAACUACUGUAUCAAUUUUACUCUUUUGGGUCCAAUAACCAUUCUUAAAAACUCUCAUAGUUUUAAAAGUAGUUUCUCAGUAAAUCUUAACAAACGCAUCUAAAAUUCGUUACCUAUGAGGGGUUUUAUACAUAAAAUAUGUGCUGUGAUGCUAUAGUUUGUACAGUUUUAAAAGUGUUCAUUGUCAUUUGAAAUCUCUGAUGUAAAUAGUAAUUGUCAUAAUACUUUGUUUUGUUGGAAAUCAAAAAAACAUUUGGCCAUUUUGCAAAUAAAUAAAUCAUCUUAAAACUUCAACAAUUUUUAUUUCAUUAUAUUUGCUUAGAACACAAGAAAUGCAGAAAAAGUUCAGAAAAUAUUUUUGUGUUUUUAUUUAUUUCAUUAUUAAUAUUUAUUUGUGAACUUAGUAAAUCAUUUUUCUACAGAUCAUGUCAUUUUGUAUAUCAGUUUUGAGCAGUUUUUGAUUAUUUUUUUUAAUUAGUAUUUUUUUUUUUAUAUUAUGAUUGAAAGAAAAGGGUAGUAUGAAUGAAAUUUUAUUCAUUUGAUUAAAAUGUAGUAUAAUUAUUGCUGACAAUCAUAUAGUUUGUUUUAUUAUGAUAAAGAAAGUUGAUUUUCAAACCACUAGCUUCUUUAUUACUGAUGGCUGGUUAUACAUUGGAUUGGUAGAUAUCAGAGCCAAUACACUGAGACCUGGGUAUCAUACAGAAAAAUGAAGUCCAUACACUGUGACUGUACAAUCACACAUACAUUGUAAAGGCUUGAUGAAAUGAUUGAAAAAUAGACUUUUCCUUAAAUAUAUUAUACAUUCAUGCAUCCUUAAAGGUGUUUCAGGUAGCAGGAAAAUGCAUCUUUUCAUGUGGCAUAUUAAUAGAAUUUCGACAUCGGGAGGGAUAACCCACCCCAGGUUUGGCCCCCCAGCAAAAAAUCCUGGACACGGGCCUGAUGUCUAUGUUCAAGAGCUGUUUCUUUUUUGCAUUAUAUUAGAAAAUACAAGAACAAA